AUGGAAGGUAGUUCUCAUAGCACUUCUUGCAUGAUGGAUUUUGGACACAGCAAUACAAGUAAUGGACCAUGUCCAACGUCGAAGUGUCCUCCCAUGACUUCUUAUCAUCGUCAUCAUCAUUCUAAUUUGGACUCAAACCCCUUAUUUCUUAAUACCAGUGGCUCCUCUGUGAUUCUCGACGAUCACGACAAGAGCAACAACACAACGUGUUGUUUCAUGGAGUCGAGCAACGAUGGCGGAUCUAUCAAGUCCAAGAUCAUGGCUCACCCUCACUAUCAACGUCUCCUGGCCGCCUAUGUCAACUGUCAGAAGGUAGGAGCGCCGCCGGAAGUGGUGGCGAGAUUGGAAGAAGCAUCCGCGGCGGCUACCGUCGGUGCUACCAGAAGCGGCAACAUAGGUGAAGACCCAGCUCUUGACCAGUUCAUGGAGGCUUAUUGUGAGGUGUUGACUAAAUACGAGCAAGAGCUCUCGAAACAUUUCAAGGAAACCAUGCUUUUCCUACAAAGGGUUGAGUGUCGAUUCAAAGCCCUCAAGGUUUCCUCUUCCAGUUCUGCUUGUGGUGAAGCUUUUGACAAGCACGGAUCAUCGGAGGAUGAUGUCGAUGCGAACAAUGAUUUCAUCGAUCCCCUUGCGGAAGAUGGAGAACUUAAAGGCCAGCUUUUGCGGAAGUAUAGUGGAUAUUUAGGCAGCCUGAAGCAGGAAUUUAUGAAGAAGAAGAAGAAAGGGAAGCUGCCUAAGGAAUCCAGGCAACAGCUACUGGACUGGCGGAGUAGACAUUACAAAUGGUCUUACCCUUCGGUACAGUAUCAAAAGCUUGCCCACGCCGAGUCGAACGGUCUGGAUCAGAAGCAAAUCAACAACUGGUUCAUUAAUCAAAGGAAACGGCACUGGAAGCCGUCCGAAGAUAUGCAGUUUGUGGUAAUGGACGGUACCCAUCCGCACUAUUUCAUGGACAAUGUUUUGGGAAUUCCUUUCCCCAUGGAUCUUUCAUCUGCAUUUCUCUGAAGAAUUGAUGAAAAUGGGAUAUCAUUUCUGCUAAGCUGCAAUGAAAUUUGAAGGCAAGAUUG